AUGCUAUCUGCCAAGUCUGUUUUGCGUAAUCCUCUAAAUCCAUUGCGUGCUGCUGCUCGUUUCAACUCCACCAAGGUCCAAGGCCAAGUAAUUGGUAUUGACUUGGGUACCACCAACUCAGCUGUCGCUGUGAUGGAAGGUAAGGUUCCUAAGAUCAUUGAAAACGCCGAAGGUGCCAGAACCACUCCAUCCGUGGUUGCUUUUACCAAGGACGGUGAGCGUUUGGUUGGUAUUCCAGCUAAGCGUCAAGCAGUCGUGAACCCUGAGAACACUUUGUUUGCUACCAAGCGUUUGAUUGGUCGUCGUUUUGAGGACGCUGAGGUCCAAAGAGACAUUAAACAGGUUCCUUACAAGAUCGUCAAGCACAGCAACGGUGAUGCCUGGUUGGAAGCCAGAGGUCAAACAUACUCUCCAGCUCAAAUCGGUGGUUUUGUUCUAAACAAGAUGAAAGAAACCGCUGAAGCUUACCUAGGAAAGACUGUGAAGAAUGCCGUCGUUACCGUCCCUGCUUACUUCAACGACUCUCAAAGACAAGCCACUAAGGACGCUGGUCAAAUUGUUGGUUUGAAUGUCCUUCGUGUUGUUAACGAACCUACCGCCGCAGCUCUAGCCUACGGGUUGGAAAAAUCCGACGCAAAAGUUGUUGCUGUAUUCGACUUGGGUGGUGGUACUUUCGAUAUUUCCAUUCUAGAUAUUGACAACGGUGUUUUCGAAGUCAAAUCCACCAACGGUGACACUCACUUGGGUGGUGAAGAUUUCGACAUCACUUUGUUGAGAGAAAUCGUUGCCAACUUUAAGAAGGAAACUGGCAUUGAUUUGCAAAAUGAUCGUAUGGCUAUUCAAAGAAUCAGAGAGGCCGCCGAAAAAGCAAAAAUCGAACUAUCUUCUACCAUCUCAACUGAGAUCAACUUGCCUUUCAUCACUGCCGAUGCCUCUGGUCCAAAGCACAUCAAUAUGAAGUUCACAAGAGCUCAGUUCGAGUCUUUGACUGAACCAUUGAUUAAGAGAACCGUCGACCCAGUCAAGAAGGCUUUGAAGGAUGCCAACUUGAGCACUUCAGACGUCUCUGAAGUCUUGCUCGUUGGUGGUAUGUCCAGAAUGCCAAAGGUUGUCGAAACCGUGAAAUCUUUGUUUGGCAAGGAACCAUCUAAGGCUGUCAAUCCUGACGAAGCCGUUGCUAUCGGUGCUGCUAUCCAGGGUGCCGUUUUGGCCGGUGAGGUCACUGAUGUGUUGCUGCUAGAUGUCACCCCAUUGUCUUUAGGUAUUGAGACCUUGGGUGGUGUCUUCACCAGAUUGAUUCCAAGAAACACUACAAUUCCAACCAAGAAAUCUCAAAUCUUCUCUACCGCUGCUGCUGGCCAAACCUCGGUGGAAAUCAGAGUGUUCCAAGGUGAAAGAGAGUUGGUUAGAGACAACAAGUUGAUUGGUAACUUCACAUUGUCUGGUAUCCCACCUGCUCCAAAGGGUGUUCCACAAAUCGAAGUUUCCUUCGACAUUGACGCUGAUGGUAUUAUUAACGUCUCUGCUAGAGACAAGGCUUCCAACAAGGAUGCUUCUAUCACUGUCGCUGGUUCUUCCGGUUUGUCUGAUUCUGAAAUUGAGCAGAUGGUUAACGAUGCUGAGAAGUUCAAGGAGGAGGAUGAAGCUAGAAAGAGAUCCAUCGAGACUGCCAACAAGGCUGAUCAAUUGGCCAAUGACACUGAAAACUCUCUAAAGGAGUUCGAGGCUAAGCUAGACAAGGCUGAAGCUCAAAAGGUCAAGGACCAACUAACUUCUCUAAGAGAGUUGGUUGCCAGAGUUCAAUCCGGCGAAGAAGUCAACUCUGAAGAAUUGAAGACUAAGACUGAUGAAUUGCAAAGCUCCUCCAUGAAGUUGUUCGAGCAAAUGUACAAGAAUGACUCUGCUAACAACAGCGGUGAAACCAAGCAAUAA